CUCUCCCACACAAACCUCAUCGACGGCCAGCCGUUUCAAAUCCUUAACAGCAUCCACUGAUCAAAGUGUGUGCACGUACCCCGCAGCUCCAGAACCAGGACACGCCCACGGUAUACGCACGUACAGCUCGAUCGCAAUGGCGUCGCUCGUCGCCGUCCAGCCGGUCGCCGUGCGGGGCCUGGCCGGCAGCUCCAUCUCCGGCCGCAAGCUCGCCGUCCGGCCCGCCUCCGCCGCCGUCUCCCGCUCCACCCGCAGGGCUCGCGGGGCGGCGGUGGUGGCCAAGUACGGGGAGAAGAGCGUCUACUUCGACCUGGACGACAUCGCCAACACGACGGGGCAGUGGGACCUGUACGGCAGCGACGCGGCGUCGCCCUACAACGGCCUGCAGAGCAAGUUCUUCAACACCUUCGCCGCGCCCUUCACCAAGCGAGGGCUGCUGCUCAAGGUCCUGCUGCUCGGCGGCGGCUCCCUGCUCGCCUACGUCAGCGCCACCGCCUCCCCCGACCUGCUCCCCAUCAAGAAGGGGCCCCAGCUGCCCCCCACCCCGGGGCCACGUGGCAAGAUCUAAGUAGAUCUGCAAUCAAGGCCUUCUUCCUCCUCUCGCCUCGUGCUUGUGUACCAUGGAUCUGAUGGAUUCCCCCCUAUGGCCCUAUCUAUGUCCUCUGUUGAUACUUGAUCUUUGUACUACUUCGUAUCAGUAAUUGGGAAGAUGCUGCUUGCAUGAUGCAUGCAAUUACUACUAGUA